CCCUCUUUUGCGGCAGAAGUGCCGUUGGCUCGUGUGUGACGACGUCACGUAGUGUCAGCGCGAAACUGCGGUAGCGGUGCCGUGCUAGAGAUGGCGGGGGCUGGAGAGAGAAAGAAGCAGGUCCGCUUCGCCCGGCUGGAAGAGGAGGAAGAUGAUGGUGGUGGUGGAGGAGGAAGAGGAGGAGGAGGAGAGGGCGACGACGACGACGAAGAAGAAGAGGAGUUGGUGGCGGUGGCGGGGGAAGCGCCCACAAAGGAACCCCUGCGGGGCUCUGCGCGGCUUCUCCUUCAGCCGGUGGUGACGGUGGCUGACGGUAGCGGCCGAAGAAGCCGGGCAGGAGGCGGCGUCGGCGCGGGAAAGCCGCAGGCCGAGGGGGCUGCGCGGCGGGCGCUGAAGUGGUGCACUUCGGUUGCUGUGUGCUCCGCUUUCCUCGGCCUGGGUAUGGCCAUUGCUAUCCUAGGGCCCACAUUUCAAGACCUGGCUGCAAAUGUGAGCAAAAAUGUUAGUCAAAUUUCUUACAUCUUUGUGGGCCGUUCAAUGGGGUACUUCGGUGGUUCUCUAAUUGGUGGAAUACUUUUUGACUGCAUGAAUGCCCAACUUCUCUUAGGAUUAUCUAUGCUGGGUACGGCUAUAGGUCUGUAUGCCAUUCCAUGGUGUAAGAAAGCGCUCUUGUUAACAUCAAUGAUGUCUGUCAUUGGUUUUGCAAUGGGAGUCCUAGAUACAGGUGGCAACAUUCUUGCUUUGGACACAUGGGGGACAGAGGCUGGUCCACAUAUGCAGGCCUUACAUUUCAGUUUUGCCCUUGGUGCUUUUGUGGCCCCUGUUCUGGCCAAGAUGGCACUGGGUGGCUCUUCUGUCGGUCCUCCGGCUCAUUUGGCUGGCGGUGAUGAUCAUCAGUCCGUUGAGAAUCCUCCUCCUGAUGUUACAUUAGUGCCGAAGCUGCAUCUAAGCUUGAAUUUUAUGUGGUCUUACGUUGUGAUAGGCACUUAUCUCUUGCUUGUGGCAUUGCUUUUCUUUAUUUUAUAUUUGAGGAGCAGUCCUGUCCGAGACAGAACGAAGCUUUCCACGCAGAAAUACCAGACUGCCAAAUACCACCAUGCCCUCAUAAUUCUUCUCGCGGUGUUCUUUUUCUGGUAUGUAGGAGCAGAGGUAGCCUACGGGUCUUACAUUUUUACUUAUGCAAAAAUCUAUGUUGGUAUGGAGGAGACUGAAGCAGCAGGGUUGAAUUCUCUCUUUUGGGGAUCAUUUGCAGCUUGCAGGGGACUAGCAAUCUGUUUUGCUACAUGCUCUUAUCCCGGAACUAUGAUUCUGCUGAGUAUCAUAGGCUCUACUGUAUCCUCACUGUUCCUGGCACUGUUCAAUACACACCCAAUCUCUCUGUGGCUUGGCUCUGCAGUGUAUGGAGCAUCAAUGGCUACUAUCUUCCCCAGUGGCAUUUCCUGGAUUGAGCAGUAUACCACCAUCCAAGGGAAAUCUGCAGCAUUGUUUGUAAUGGGUGCAGCUCUGGGAGAAAUGUGUAUUCCUGCAGUGGUUGGCCUCCUUCAAGGACACUUCCCCUUUCAUCCUGUCCUCCUAUAUGCUGCAUUGGGAGCAGCGGUCAUGACGGCAGUGCUGUUCCCUGUGAUGUAUAAAUUAGCUACAUCGUCCUGCGAUGCUCAGCUGAAGCGUGUUGGAGACGGUGAACUCCAGGAAGCCUUAUUGUCCAACUCUCAUCUUGAGGAUGAUGAGGAUGGCAAAGAAUGGAAUGAAGCAGACUUUGAAAUAAUUGAGAUGAAUAAUACUCUGCAGAACUCUGUCAUAGAAACAUCUAAGACGAUCCAAGGGGAAUCUACACCUGCCAACUCCAGCCAUCCUCCUUCAGGAAACUUAUCAUUUACUACUUCUCCUAUUCUUGCUAUCAGAUCCCCAAGGCGAAAAAAUUCAAGUAAAAAUGACUAAGGUUUUGUUUUCAAACAAGAGGUUUAGUAGGUUUACUCUAAAAUGAUAAUGGCGGGAGGCUUGCUAAAUCCCAGUUAAGGUUGUUUUACACAAAAGUGUGUGGGAGCAAGUAUCAAACAGGAAUAAUUGAGCAGUGCCCAUUUUUAUGAGCAUGAUGGUAAAAGAAGAGAAGGCAGAAUGUUCCCUACAACUUUAUAUUGGUUCUUUAUAGAGGUGGGACACUUAAAUUUGAGUAGCUUAAAGUAAUCAAAACUCUUGUGUUGUGUAAUGGAAGGUUUUCAUAUGUUGAAAUCAUUGUAGUCUUCUUAAUCCUUGGCCAAGGGAGGUUAUAUUUGUUUUACACCAUAAUGUAAUGCUUUAUAAGCACGGUCAGUGGGUUGGAGAUUAAAAUAUGUUUUGAGAACAGCA